CCAACACAACUGCCAACAAACACUUUAGUGCCUUUUGAUAUUAUUGUUUGUUGUCCAUUUGUUUAUUGCAUUUAUUACAUUAUGUCGUCCGGAGGUUGGGAAUUGGUUGGAAGAAAUAAAAAAGAUAAAAGCAAUGGAAAGAUUAAUAAACUUACAAAGGCUGAAAAAAAGAAAUUUAUCGAAAAUGCACCGAAAGUAGAAGAUUUUCUUCCAUUGAGUCAAGUAAAAACUUUAUAUGACAAUUUGGAUAAUAAUAAAGAAAAUAAAAAGCCAUCAAAGGACAAAGAAAAUAAAACAAAAGAAAAUGAAGAAAGAAAAAAACAACACAGACAACAACAAUCAGAGAAAAAGAAGCAUGAACUUAAGGAGAAACCUCCAAAAUCUAUAAGAGACGCAUUAAAUAUGAUUAAUCCAGAAGAGCUUCAUGAUGUUUUCACUAAUAGUCAAACCAGAUUUCCUGAAGUUCCAAUAAUUUGGUUGAAAGAUCUUGCUGCUUUUCUCAAUGUAAAAAUACCUGUUGAUAAAGAAGAUGCAGUCUUUUCUGGAAAACCUAAAGACUAUCCAUUAAGUAUAGUACCUAAAUCAAUUUCUUCCAUAUUAGAAAAAGCUAUUGAUAUGGCAGGAAAACAAACAGCAGAACUUUUUUAUGAAAAUACUCUUACUACAAUGGCUAUUGAUAUGGUUAAAGGAUCACCUGCUAUUGGUCACAAAAUAUUUUUGCAACUAUUAGCACGUAUUAAUUCUGGAAUAAUAAUUGCUAAUAUUUCUAAACUGAUUCGUGUAAAAAAUUCUUAUCAAAAUAGGAAAAAUAUUGGCCUCUCUUUAUUAUGGGCAAUAUCACAAGCUGGUAGGAAAAACUUAGCAAUGGGUUUAAAAGUAUGGCAUGAAGUAAUGUCUCCCAUGUUAGAGAUAAAGAGUUACUGUAGUUAUGUAGCACAAAUUUUAAAUGAUUUUGUGUUUGGACAUGAAACCUUUAAUGAUCUUCAACCAGAACUGUAUCUUGACAUUGUAGAAGAUAUAUAUUCUGGGAAAUUGAAUGUUCCUGCCUUUGUAGGUAGAGAAAUUAAUAAUAGCAUUGAAAAAUUAAGGUCAAUAUUAUUUAAAAAUAAAAAUAUAAAUUAUGCUAAACUGUUUGAAAUGCUAAUUACAAAGGUUACACAAAAGAUACAUGUAAACUAUAGAGAUGAGUUAAUCAAAGCACUUGUGACUUGUUUAGCCACAGAUCCACAUUGUUUUUCUGUUUGGAAGUCUAUUUAUGCCAAAAAUUUAUACCAAUCUUAUUUAAUUUUAACAUAUAUUGAUACUAAAUGGCAUGUUUUACAUACAAUAUUAGAAACAAAAUGUUUGAAGGAGACAUGUAUAGUAUUUCAGACAACUAAUGAAAGGUGGAAGAAGGGUAAAGAUGAAGGUCUUGCUAAUAAUUGCACUAAAAUAUGUAAGGCAUUAUUGCUGAAAAUGACAGCUUCUACCAAUAAGAAAUUUCCUUGGAAAAAGGGAAUUAUUUUGUUAUUACUUUUUAUUGGUGCCAUUAUUGGUUAUGAUAUUUACAAAUAUGACAAUUUUAAAGCAACCAAUACAAAUAAGUUCUUAAAAAGAAGUGGAUUAUUUACUUAUGGGCAACAGUCAUGGAUUCUGGUACAAGAAUAUUCAUUGAAAACACUUGAGUUUAUAGAAGCUACAUCACCAGAGUAUUAUAAAGCAACUGUUGAAACAUGUAAACCUUAUGUGAAAUUGGCUGGAGAUGGUUAUCUUGUAAUGAAAAAUAUAUUUUUUGAAAUUUAUGAUAAUAUUGCAAAAUACAACAGAAAGAAUGGCCCUCUCUUUGUACAAACAGUAGAUCAUUAUGUUCCUGAAAUACUGGACGAAAUUAAAUUACUAAGUUAUCAAGGUUUGGAAUUCUUGAAAAUGUAUUUGAACUUAUGUGUAGAAAAGCUAAAUGAACGCUCAACUGCAACACUUCAGUGGCUACAACAUAAUGUUUUUGUUGGAAAAUUAAGCCCAGAAAGUUUGCAAAAUUAUGCCUCAAAAACUAUUGAUACUGCACAGACAUUGGCAAGUCAAACUUACGAUUGGGUUUAUGAAAAGGUGCAAACACUUUCUAAAGUUCCAUGAAUAAAAUUCAUCAAAUGUUAUGUACCGAUAUUACUCGGUGAUAAAAAAAAUCUCCUCAUACCUCUGCAUUUAGUUCUAUAAUUCCGAAGUUGAUAUUACACAUUUCCAAAUAUAUUGUGACGGCCAUUUUACCUGUGAUAUUUGAAAAAUGUAUCAUACUCCGAUUGAUUAUGACAUUUUAAUA